AUGUCCCUCCACACCCUCACACUAGCCCUUCUCCUGGGCGCCGUCUCGGCCACCUCCCCCAGCAGCCCCAGCAACCGCAAAGCCUACACCGCACCCCUCAAACACAUCUCCUUCGAAGGCCUCCCCGAAUACGCCCUCGACGUCCAGCUAGGCAACAAAUCCUACCCUCUCCUCUUCGAUCUCGGCUCCCCAGUCCAAUGGCUCGUCGGCUCUUCCUUCCAAUGCUUCGACGCAUCGAACAAAAGCCUCCCACAGAGCCAAUGUAAAUUCGCCGCGACCUUCCCGGGCAACUUCAGCGAGGGCAUGCGCUCCGGCCCCGGCGCGAACUUCUCGAUCGGAUAUCUCGACCCCAACGGCCCCGGGAGAGCACAGGGUGUGUUCGGCUUCGAAGCCCUGAGCAUCGCAGGCCUCUCCGUCGACCACCAACAGCUCGGCCGCGUCGACACUGUCGCCAACAUCCAAGGCGCGAACGGAGCCAUCAGCGGGAUCCUCGGGGUGGGAGGCUCCGACAUCGCGAACCAGACACUAUUCUUCUUCGAAGCCGCGCGAAAGGGCCUCGUCGACCCCAUCAUGAGCGUCAUGCUGCAGCGCCAGAGCGCCUGCAGUGCCGGGGAGGUCGUCUUCGGCGGGUUGCCGCAUACAUACCAGGGACAGGAGGGCUUCACGACGGUGCCCUUCGUCACGAAAAGCGGCUCCUGGCAAACCUACCGCUUCCACCUCGACGCCGUCAAAGUCGGCGACGAAGUAUUCCCAGAACAAGGCAACGCCACAGCGGGAAUCGAUUCAGGCCUCCCGCUCAUCCUCGUUGCGAACGAGACCGCCGCGAGGAUCAACGCGCAGUUCAGCCCGCCCGCGCAGUUCGAUCCCCAUGCGGUGUUCUACGCCAAACAGUGGAAAGUCGAUUGCGACGCCAAGACGCCCGAUUUCGCGGCCACGAUCAACGGGACGGAUUUCAGAAUGAACGCCUUGGAUCAGAUCAUCACUUUCGAGGACGAUCCACAUGCGUGCUAUUCGGUGUUUACCAAUACCUCCGUCUCGAGCACCACGUUGUUGGGGAAUGCGUUUUUGAGAAAUGUCUUGCUGGCGAUUGAUGUCGAGAAGCAUGAGUUGCACUGGGCACCGCAUGUCGACUAUCAUUGA